ACAUAGUAGUCUUCAUUUUCACAUGUUGUUGGUUUUAAAAAAAUAUUUUGUCAGCUUUUUUUGGGUGUCUGUUUCUUGUAUUUGUCCAUUUUAAGCGUCUUUUCUAAAUCCUGAACCUCAUUUAAAAUUGUCGACAUGCAAAAUCGACAAUCGAUUCUGGCGAGUAGUUACUCUUCUGUUCCUCUAAUGAUAAAUUUUCGAAGAAAAUGUAGUCAAAGUGGUUUGAUCGUUUAAGAAGAAAAAUCGAGCUUGCUAAAUUUAAUUGGGUUUGAUAUUAACCUAUUUUGGUGAAUUCUGAGAGCUUUUGUUUCUAAAUAGGAAGACGUUCUGAACCCAAUCUGACGUUCUUACUACCAUGUAUCUAUAGGGUUAGGUUUUAUGAAGCUAAAAAUAAGUCACCAAGUUUAUAUAGUACAAAAUAAAGCAAUAGUGAAUCAAAGGGUCUUCGUGUUAAUAGAGGUGGUUGGGUCGAACACUGCAGAGGACAAUGAUAAAAGCAGAUAUUAAUUACCACAUCUAAUGGCUGGAAGCGAACACUUAAUUAUAAUCACACCCAAUGGACUCCCGGUAUUACUGCAGGUAUGCCGGUAUAUGUCAACCUAGCCCAUGCUUAUACAUUAUUUUACUCAAGUAAGUAAAUAUGAAUAAGAAUAAAAUACAGACAAAUUUAAAAAAAAAAAAAAAAGAAGAAGCAAAAACAAACAUUGAUUCUUAUGAUAUUGUUAUUAGCACAACUCGGCUAUAAAAUAGAACUAGCACCAACUCGGGGAGAUUGUCAUCAUUAGCAUCGUCAGAUGGUUUCGUUUCAAUAGUCUGUAUAUUUUUGAAUACAGAACUUGUUACUUGGCCAAAAUGGGAACGGUGGAGAAGCUUCGUAUUACCAAUUUUUAGCGGCGAUGCCAAUUACGUGGGGAAUACCUCUGCGUUCUAUGUGGCAUUGUUUAAACGUAAUUGACUUCUUAUCUUCAAUUAAGAAAUUGUUCUAAUGUAAAUUUGAAAAUCUUUCCCACCUGGCGGGAACUUAACAAAAUGUACGAUCACUUAACGAAUGUAAUGAAGUAUUUCUCACAGAUUGUUUAAAUUUUAACACCAGGUGCCGAAACUUCCCAGGGUAAUAAAUCAGAGAAUUUUCAGUUUUGUCAACUUUAACCAAGGAGUUUAGUUGCUAUGAGAGUGAACUUUCAUUGCCUCUCUCUCAUCAAAAAUAUUCACAAUACUAUCAAAAUAUCUUGCAGACCCCGUUUCAUUUGUCGUAAAAGCUGAAAAACUUUACGAAACAGAUUAUCUCAUAUACACGUUUUCCCAAACUUUUCUCUUGCAAAUCUUCUUUUAAAUUUGUUUUUAUUCAUGAAAAAGUAUAUAUACUGUAAACGUAUGUUUAUCUAGUGUGUCAAUGAUAUUUUUACAUCGUCAUAGAUAAUGUCUUGUACGUGAAGUGAAUCAAUUGUGCUAUAACGAAAAAUUUCACAGUAAAGUUUAAACAUUAACUUGUUGUAAUCAGAACGAAUGCAAAUACUGUAAAAAACAGGCAAAAAAAUUAGACAGCUAUUUCUGAAAACUAUCACAACGCAAAAGAUUUUCAAAAACCAAAUACUUUUUGAAAUGUAAGCUUAAAGUUGUCUCGGUAUUGUUUAUGAAAUAUAAAAAUAAAUAAUAAAAUGAAAUUUAAAAAAGUUCAAACCGAUGUAAAGCGGCUCGGUAGGACGAUCGUCCGUGUAGCCCGUGUGGGGGCAAGACAUUCUUGUUUGUGUUCUGAGCGUACGAUAAAAUGGUACCGUAUCUCUGUUAUUGCAUGCUAUCGACAUUUCUCAAAUAUUUCAUCCACCUACAAACAAGCGAUCUCUGUGAUAUUUCAUAGACUUAAAAAAUUAAAUUAAGAAAUAUUUCUUAAUAAAUAUGACAUACGGUAGAACUAUUUAAACGUUUAUUAACGCAUACUUGUAUACAUACAUUGAAAAAGUGCCUUCUCUCACAAAAUCAAACAGAAUGGAGGAGAUGGUCCAUUCAAUUUGUAUAAUUACUAAUUUAAUAUGCAAGAUAAGGUAUAAUGGCACCUACCAGUAUACAGUAUCUAAUCCACAAAAUAUAACAGUUUUACAGAAAAGGUUCCAAACUUUUGAUUGGAAUUUCGACAAAUUUUUAUGUAAGCUCAUAUUAUGGAAAGUAAACUAUGCAAAAAAGUUUUAUCGAUGAUGAAAAAUGUCUCCAUCGUUGGCUUCGCGAUCAGAAACAUAAGCAUAUCUGUACUUUUACAGAUAUGUCGAAGUUUCAGAAGUGCACAUUCUGCGCAGUUCCGGAGAAUAUCCGAAGACAAGAUUCUGGGGCCAGUUUUUGACACUUUUAAGCACCACUUCCUAUUACCAAAUAAUCAGAUUGAAGUUUCUUGUUCUUCUGUAAAAUGUCCUGUUUUCCUAAGGGUGACUGCAAUUGAAAAAGCAUUUGUUAAAGACAAUACCAAUGUUAUCUAGUGCUUUAUACAGAAAAAGAUUGCAUAAUGAGAUCGUGUUUCAAUAAGAAUUAUGCAUCAAAGGAAUUUCAAAACGCCACAACACUGGCCCAACAAUCCGGAAAUACAUGCUUCUAUUAAUGAGUCACUUUAGUGGAGAGAAAUCGAAAUCGUUCGCGUUUUAAGUUCUUAAUCUAUUAAUUUUGAAGGAAAAGGCUGUACUCGCAAUUAUUGACCAUUUCUAUUUUCAUCGACUUUAUACGGAUAUCGUUGCAUAUGAUAUUGUGUUUCAAGGACGCCCUUGUUAUAUUAUCACAAUUUAUAUUGUUAUUACAAUUCAACUCUGAAAUGGAAAGGAAUAUAUUUGAGUAAAAUAAUGACUGUCAUUGUAUACAGGUUGCUUGCCGCUCCGUUUCUGGUCGCUUGUUUCUCCCUUCUUCAACUAUCUGCAACCAGCGCCAGGAGACACGGGUCAAAUCAUCACGCCAGAUCGAGGCACGGCCAUUCACGUGAACGCUGGAGCCAGUGGAGUGAUUGGUCAUCGUGUAACGCUGAGUGCGGUACCGGUGUGUCGUCACGAACCAGGGAGUGUUUGGAAAAUACACGAGAAUGCACAUCGGAAAAUAUAGAGUAUAAAGUUUGCAAUAGACAGGAGUGUGUGUCAAGCCAGAAAACUCUUCGACAGCAGCAGUGUUCCUCACAUGACGACAAAAAAUUUGGCGGUAGAAAUUAUCGAUGGCAACCAUAUGAUAUAGGUGACGGAGAGUGUGACCUGACCUGCAGAGCCAACAGAUAUGGUUUCUACAACACAUUUCCUGAGCAUGCGCAGAACGGUGCCCUGUGUAACAAAGAUCAAAACUCUGUCUGCAUCGAAGGAAUAUGUACUGAAAUAGGAUGCGAUGACAAAGUUGGUUCUGCGGCAACUCGUGACCUAUGUGGUGUUUGUAAUGGCGAUGGGUCGACAUGCCGUGUUGUCAAAGAUAUAUUUGAAACCAAAAAACUGAAUUAUGGGUACAAUGAAAUUGGGACUCUGCCUGCUGGAGCGACAAACAUAAAUAUUACUCAGCUAGGACAGAGUAGAAAUUACAUAGCAUUGCGGAUAUCAGAAGGCAGAUAUUUUAUAAAUGGCAACCGACGACUGUCACGUGACGGGAAAUACAAUGCAGCAGGAUCAGCGUUCCGGUAUCACAGCAGACGAACACAUAAAUGCCCAGGAGAAUGCAUUCUAUCAAAAGGGCCUACAACAAAACCGAUAGAUAUCAUGGUGCUUUCUUUUGGUCACAAUCCUGGGAUUUUCUACCAAUUUAGCCUCCCUCAUGGUCCACUUUCCCAAAAGUCUUCGUAUGAUGCCAUCAUUGUUGAAGACGAUUUCGGUGGAAGUCACAAUAUUUCCCAUUCCGGCCAUGAAUCCAAACUUCCCAGCCUCUCAAUCAACAACAACAGUUCUGAAAACGAGACAAGGCCGCAUCAUCGUCAUCAUCAACGUCAUCAUGCCCAAACAGACAGUGGAUCUCGUGCAAUGCCUGGAUACACUCAAAGUUUUACUUUCAUGGAGAAAAAGAAUAGUUCAUCACAAACUGGCGCUUUGUCAGAAUCGGAGACAUUUUAUAGAUCUCAAUCGGACAAACACAGACAGACGAUGAAAAUAGAUCCGUCUGUUGCCAAUAACACCAUUCCAGGUGCCAAUGGUUUACGAUGGGAAAUUACGGGAUAUACUCCAUGUUCAGCAACCUGUGGUCAAGGCACAAAAACACCUUUCUUGGAAUGCUUUUCCGGAAACACACGUGUAGAGGAAAAGAAUUGUUUAAUGACAACAAAACCCGUCCUUGGAUCGCAACCUUGUGCGUUGAAACCUUGUCCUAAAUGGGAAAACCAAAUACGUUAUGUGACGAGUCGAUGGCAACCCUCCGAUUGGUCAGCAUGCAGCGUCACAUGUGGUGUGGGACAACAGACUAGAAAACUGAUGUGUGUGCACGAGAUGUCGCCAAAUGUUCUGAUAUCGGUCGUAGAUAACGACUGUUUAGGUUUAGAUAGACCAAACACAACUCAACCGUGUAAUACCGCGUCAUGCUUUAAAUGGACUACUGGCAGGUGGACUCAGUGUUCAGUGACAUGUGGCCGUGGAAAGCGCAUGCGCAGUGUGACGUGUAUGUCACAAGAUGGUAGACGCGUUCGAAGAGACUUUUGUGAUCUUUUAGAAAAACCAAAAGAGAAAUCAGUAUGUAGUUAUGGAGACUGCAGGACAACAACGGUGUCAUCUGUUUAUGUUAGUAUGAAGUCAUGGUACACCACGGAUUGGAGCAGAGAUUGUCCAGUUGAAUGUGGAGAAGGUAAACAAACAAGAAAGGUUGUGUGCCAUGGAUCCAAUUCAAACACAGACCCCAGAAGAAACUGUCUUCAGCGUGAUAAACCAAAUACAGAACGUGCGUGUAAAUCGAGGCGGACUUGCUACGGCACUUGGUUCUCUGAAGCCUGGGGAAAGUGUAAUGCUACUUGCGGUAACGGCUAUCGGAACCGAGAUGUUGUUUGCAUUAGUAAGACGGGAGGGGGACGAUUUACAGUUGUACCCGACUACAGAUGUCCAAUGCAAGACAAACCUGAAAACACUGAACCGUGCCAGAUGGAGAGGAUGUGCGGUCCACAGUGGUUUAUGUCCACCUGGGGACAGUGUUCUGUAACUUGUGGAAAGGGUAGAAAAACACGUGAUGUUCAAUGUUUGGAUACAUUUGGAGUAACUAGCAACAGUUGUAACGUUCGAGAAAAACCAUCUGAAGUAGAACUGUGUAAGAAAGGUCCCUGUAGGAGGGAAACAGUCUCAGAUUCCGGGUGUCGGGAUCGGUAUUCUAAGUGUGAUUUGGUGGUGAGAAGAGACUUGUGUGAUCACGUGUUUUACAUGAACGUUUGUUGUCAUUCGUGUUCCCAGUGGAAAUCUUGAGCAAGUAUUUCACAUGUUAUCUUUCUGUUGUAAUGUCUGUUACAUGUACCAAAAAUGUCGAUUGGGGUAUGCUCACUGAAUUUAGUAUAAAUGGAAAAAUAGAGCUUGUUAGACCAGUCAAUUCAUGACACAAUGUAAGUGCAAUGAGACAGUAUUUUUGUGAUCAAUGGGCUUUUCUCGACAAAAUACAUAUUUUAGAAGGUCCUUGGAAAGCAGAUACAGGAAAAGCAAAUAGAUUUCAGUAUCGUAUGGAAUUUACUUUUCUAAGGGAAGCAACUCUUAAAUUUGUACAUCGAGAACCAGAAAAGAAUCAUAUGCAUAUAGAUGUAAUCAUGUUUGUCUCCUAAUCGAAUACAACCGUAUUGUUUGUCCAAUUCAAAUUCUAUUUCAUAUUUCUUAACAUAUGAAAAUUGUAACUGUUUUCACUAAUGAUAACCAACGAAUAUAUUUUAGAGAGUUUUAUUCUAAAAUUGUCCCGGAUUUCUUUUUAUCCUGUAUAUUAGAUAUGUUUUAUAAUCUGAAUGUAAACAAAUAUAACAAAAGAAGUAAAUACUUUCUAUUUCAUAUUUCCCUGCUGGCCAUCCCAUUUUCAGUUUAAACAAAGACAAUUUGGAAAAUGAAUUGAAUAUACUCGAACUCAUUCAUGAUACUUUCGUUCAAAGUACAUGUAGUUUUAGUAGAAUGAAGAUUUAUACUUUUGUAUUCGCGAUCGAUUAUUCAUAUUUUCUAGAUAUCAAGGGCAUACCUUCACACAAACUUCCUGAGUCACGUCUCUUUAUGUUUAAGAAUAUCUAUAGUAUGCAUCUAAAUAUAGUGAUGAUCAACAUGUUUUUGAAAAUGUUGGCAAAUUGUAGUGUUAGGUCGGAUUUUAAUCUAUAUGAUAAAUCUACUGGACUUGUUACACAGUACAAUCAUAUGUUUUGUUCACCACUACCACAAGCACCUGUUGCCGACUUCUAAGUCUCAAUAAUAUCGGUUGCCCACCAAAACCAACGUGUAAUUAUACGCAUACAUUUAAUUAGUUUUUAAAGUAAGAAAGAGCACGAAGAGAAUUGCUUUUCUCUGCGACAUAGACAUGUAGAUAUCAGUAUUUGAUAAACUAUAUGACUAAUAAUUCAGCAGCAGUGUUUUAAAUACGCAUUCAGCUAUGUAUAUUAUAUGAUAUAUGUUUUCAUCUCAUUUGAUGUUUUGUUUAUAUUUUUCACAUCCCCUGUACAUAAACAUAUGUGAUAUCAUUCUGAUCGUUACCCGGACCUUUUUCGGUCAGGGCAACGAUGAUUUAACAUGUUUUAUUACUCUGCUAUAAUAAAUUUUGACAACAUA